CAGCACAAAACCAGCAUGAGGAACAAAUAUGAGCAAUUAUUUCAGGGAAUCAACUUACACAAGACUCAAACUCUCCUAAACAGGAUCUACACACAGCUCUACAUAAUAGAGGGAGAGAGUAAAGGGGUGAAUGAAGAACAUGAGGUUUUACAGAUAGAGAAAACAGCCAGAACAAAACGCUCACAAGACACUCCAAUCUACUGCAAAGAUAUCUUUAAACCAUUACCUGAACCAGGAUAUGUGGAGAAAGAUGAAAUCAAGACUGUUCUUACUAAAGGCAUUGCUGGAAUUGGAAAAACUGUCUCUGUGCAGAAGUUCAUUCUGGACUGGGCCGAGGGAAAAGCCAAUCAGCAUGUAGAUUUCAUAUUUGUACUUCCAUUUCGAGAGCUGAAUUUAAUUAAAGAUCAUCAGUACAGUCUUCAUGGACUUCUGCUGGACUUUCAUCCUGAACUUCAAAAUCUGGAUUCAAAGAUUUAUAAGAAGUGUAAAGUUGUGUUCAUCUUUGAUGGACUGGAUGAAAACAGAAUCACACUGAUGUUUUCAGAUGAUCAGAAAAUUUGUGAUGUGACUGAGAUUUCAUCAGUGGGUAUGUUGAUGUCAAACCUUAUGAAAGGAGAGCUGCUUCCCACUGCUCUGAUCUGGGUCACCUCCAGACCAGCAGCAGCCAAUCAGAUCCCCUCCAAAUACAUUAACCGUGUGACAGAAAUUCAGGGAUUCAAUGAGCCUCAGAAGGAGGAAUAUUUCAGGAAGAACAUCAAUGACCAGCAUCAAGCCAAAAGAAUCAUCUCACACAUCAGAGGAGCAAGAAGCCUCCACAUCAUGUGUCACAUACCCAUUUUCUGUUGGAUCUCAUCCGCUGUGCUUCAGAAGCUCUUGAAAGAAGAUCUGAGUGCAGAAAUCCCUCAAACUCUGACUGAAAUGUACAUCCACUUCCUGCUGAUUCAGAUCAACAUGAGAAAUCAGAAAUAUGAAGAGAAAGAUCCAGAGAAACUCCUGCAGUCCAACAGAGAAGUGAUCGUGAAACUUGCUGAAGUGGCUUUCAAACAGCUGAUGAAGGGCAAUGUGAUGUUCUAUGAGGAGGACCUGAGUGAGAGCGGCAUAGACGUCAUUGGCGCAUCAGUGUAUUCUGGGAUUUGCACUGAGAUCUUUAAGGAGGAGUCUGUGAUUCAUCAAAGGAAAGUCUACAGCUUCAUUCAUCUGAGCUUUCAGGAGUUUCUUGCUGCUUUCUAUGUAUUUUACUGCCAUUUAACAAAGAACAUUGAGCCAGUGCAUUUUUUUCUGGAUGACAAAUAUGAGAAGUGCAAAUCUGAGAAAAACAACUUGUAUGAGUUGCUAAAAUCAGCAGUUGAUAAAACUCUUGAUUGUGAGAAUGGACAUCUGGAUCUGUUCCUGCGGUUCCUGCUGGGCAUCUCACUGGAGUCCAAUCAGAGAGUCUUACUUGAUAUACUGAAACACACUGAGAACAGCUCAGAGAGCAUCAAACAAACCACACAGUACAUUAAAGACAAGAUCAAGAAUACUGACUAUAACUUGAUGCUCUCAGCUGACAGAUCCAUCAAUCUGCUCCUCUGCUUGCUGGAAGUGAAAGAUCAGUCUCUUUCCAGAGAGAUUCAGGAGCUUGUGAAAUCAGACAAACACUCAAAGGAGAAUCUCUCAACAUCUCACUGCUCCACAAUUGCCUACAUGAUUCAGAUGUCAAAGGAGGUGCUGGAUGAGCUGAAUCUCCUGAAAUACAACACAUUAAAUGAGGGAAGAGAAAGGCUGAUACCAGCUGUGAUUAACUGCAGAAAAGUUCUACUUGCUGGAUGUCAUCUCUCUGAUCAGCACUGUGAAACUGUGUGUUCUGCUUUACAAUCAUCACACUCCAAUCUAAGGGAGCUGAAUUUGAGUGUAAAUGACCUGAAGGAUUCUGGAGUAAAGCUGCUUUCGAAUGCACUAAAGAGUCAGAACUGUCAGCUGGAAAUACUGAGAUUUUAUGGGUGUAAUCUCACUGCUCAGUCUUGUGAUAGUCUGUCAUCAGCUCUACAAUCUUCUAACAAUGUCCUGAGAGAGCUGGACUUUAGUAACAAUGACCUGCAAGAUUCUGGAGUGAUAUUACUUUCUGAUGGACUGAAGAGUCAAAACUGUAAGCUGAAGAUACUGAGAUUUUCCAUAUGUUUUCUCACUGUUCAGUCUUGUGAGAGUUUUUCAUCAGUUUUACAAUCCCAAAACUCUUUCCUGAGAGAGCUGGAUCUGAGUAACAAUGACCUGAAGGAUUCAGGAAUGAAGCUUCUUUCUGAUGGACUGAAGAGUCCAAACUGUCAGUUGGAAAUACUGAGAUUGUCUGGCUGUAUGGUAACGGAGGAAGGCUUUGGUUAUGUGUCUACAGCUCUGAGCUCAAACCCCUCACACCUGAGAGAGCUGGAUCUGAGCUACAAUCACCCAGGAGAUUCAGGAGUGAAGCUGCUCUCCGAAAAACUUGGGAAUCCAAACUACAGGCUGGACAAACUCAAUGUAAAUCAUGGAGGAGAGUCCAGGAUUACGGCAGGACUAAAAAAAUAUGCCUGUUUUCUCACACUGGAUCCAAAUACUGCAAACACUAGCCUCAGUCUGUCUCAGGAGAACAGAAAGGUGACAAACAAAGAUGAGUAUCAUCCUGAUAAUCCAGGCAGUUUUAAUUAUCCUCAGGUGUUGUGUAGAGAGAGUGUUUGUGAACGCAGUUACUGGGAGAUUGAGUGGAGUGGGAGUGUGGAUAUAUCAGUGUCAUAUAAGAGCAUCAGCAGAAAGGGAGGUGGUUAUGAAUGUCGGUUUGGAUAUAAUGAUCAGUCCUGGAGUCUGAUCUGCACUUCUCACAGUUAUGCAUUCACACACAAUAACAAUGUGACUGCUGUCCCUGUAAUGCCCCUCAGCCGUAGAACCGGAGUGUAUGUGGAUCCCAGUACAGGAACUCUGUCCUUCUACAGCGUCUCUGACACAAUGAGCCUCAUCUACACAGUCCAGACCACAUUCACUCAGCCACUGUAUCCUGGGUUUAGGGUUGGUUCUGGAUUAUCAGUGAAACUAUGUUGA